GGAAAACUAGUGACACAUGAAAACUAUUAAGGAGUGGGAUUAUAUUGUUUCAGACUUUGUGAACAAACAUAAGUCGAACGAAGUUUUGAAAGUUGUCGCGAGAAUAAUUUGCUUGCUGGCAUACAUUGAACCGGGCAAGAUGCCACUCCACCAGGUGAAAGUGGAGCCGGUGGAUGACAGUGGUGAGGACUCUGAACCAGUGUGCGGAGGAAAUGAAAAUGAAGACGAUGAAGACAUGGCUGUUCCAGACCCCACAUCCAUGCUGUCCGUGCGGUUCGAGGAGGAGGAGCCCUCUAACUUGAAGAUCUCCAUUGAUCCUGCUCCAACUCCUCCAGUCCUGGACAAGGAUCAUUACAAAGAUGAUGAGCGACAACUUUUGAACCAAACUUCAGGUGAUGGAUCCGUGCUGGUCACGUCGCAGUUGCAGAAUCUGGAGAUGCCAGUACCGGUGACAAGCACAGGACAGAAGCAUUGGAAUGAUGUCAACAGUGGACCUCUGAUGAGCAAAGUUGAGGAGGCUGAUCCGAGGUUUAGUAUACAUAUUCACUCUCAGAGGGAAGAUGCACAAGAUCUCACAGGGCUUUCACUCCAAAGAAAGGAUCUGCCUUUAAUGGAAAACUACGUAUUGGCCACUGCCCGAAGAUGCCCAAAUCGACACGAGGAGGACAGAUUUAAGUGCAGUCUCUGCAAGCGAGUUUUCACGAAGCAGGAACACCUCGAUAUUCAUCUCUGCGUGGUAGGGAGGUUGCGGCCACGUAACUCUGUGUCUCAGUUGAACAGCACUGUGAAGGUAAUGGUGGAAAGGACAAUUGUGUGUGUCGUGUGUAUGACCACUUUUGCCAGCCAGCACGAGUUGGAUACCCACUUCGCAAAGGCACAUGGCAGUGUAGAUGUGGCUGCAGGUGCUGACGGGACAUCUCGGAAAACCGUGCAGCCGGAUGCUCAGGGAAUCUUCAUCUGCCAUUACUGUCAAAUGGCUUUCCCGAGCCGGAAAGAUCUGAAUGUGCACCGUACGCAGGAACACCAGAGUGCCAGGGCAAAGCACUCGUGCACAGACUGCGGACGUGCCUUCUUACGGCCAGUCGAGCUCUUCCGACACCAACGAACUGCCCAUUCUGACGGAGAAGAAGCUGCCUCCUGCAUGUUCAAGUGCCCGCAGUGCGGCAAGCAGCUGACGACACGUCCAGGCUUCGAACGCCACGUUGCCACACACGAUGCCAAUGCACUCAAGUACGAGUGUGCUGACUGCGGGCGCCGUUUCUACGACCGGGCCAGGCUGAACGUCCACCGGAGGAUACACACGGGAGAGCGGCCCUACGAGUGCCGCAUAUGUGGUCACCGCUUCCGGCAGCAGCCGUGUCUCAUCCGCCACCUGCGAACACAUGCUGUCGACACUGGCAGUGUACCGCUGUCGGUAGCCCGUCCGCACUCGUGCCCCGAGUGCGGGAAGGGAUUCUCGAACACAUCACACAUGGCAAUACACAUGAGGACGCACACGGGAGAGAAGCCUUAUGAGUGUGCUUACUGUGGGCGUAGGUUCUCGGACAAGGCCCACCUCUUAAGACAUAUGGCCGCUCUCCACCCAGAUCCGGACGCUCCGCAUCGGUGUGCCGACUGUGGGAAGGUAUUUGCGGACAAAGCGAGACUGGAAGAUCACGAACGAGUCCACAGGGGUGAACGGCCCUUUGAGUGCCUGGUGUGCCACAGAAAUUUUACGUCGAUAGCCUACCUGAGAGUGCAUGCUGAAUGUCAUCGGGAGAAAGCAGCUUGUCCAUAUUGUCACAAAGCAUACGCUCGUAAGUACAGGUUGACGGUGCAUAUCAGGAAGGCACAUCCUGGUGAAAGUGAUACUACAGUUGUCCCGUAUACUAGCACACAUAAUAGUCUGCUGUCAAAGCUUGGAAAAUAUGGUACUUGUGGUCUGUCCAACAGCUGGAUCAGUUCCUUCCAGAGCAAUCUUCAGCAAAAGGCAGAUGCGGUGGACCUGCCACCUACAGCAGCUGAAACACAGACACAGAAACCAGCUCUAUAUCUGUGUGACAAAUGCCCAAACGCAUUUAAAACUGAAACAGAGUUCAUCGCACAUGUGGAAUCUCACAAGGUUCGAAAAGCUCAUCCGUGUGAUAAGUGUGAGAAGUCUUUUAACCGGAAGUCAGAACUCAAUGUGCACUCUCGAACGCACUGCGAAGUGAAGCCGUUCGCCUGCCACUUGUGUGAGAAGACAUUUGCACAGAAGAACAACCUGCUGCGUCACCUGCGAACGCACUCUGGCGAGAAGCCCUUCCCGUGUUCUCUGUGCAGCCGAACUUUCGCUCAGAAGGAGUUACUCACGGCCCACAUCCGAAUCCACACAGGGGAGAGGCCAUACUCGUGCCUGGUGUGCGGCCAGGCAUUCAACCAGCGGCACACCCUGACCCGCCACGUCAGGGAACAUGCCAACAGGGACACGGCCAAAGCAUUCUCUUGUUCGCUGUGCGGCAAAACGUUCCCCAGACAGGUUAACCUGGACAUCCACAUGCGGACACAUACCGGUGAGAGGCCAUUUGAAUGUGAAUUGUGCGGCAAACGGUUUUCACAGUCGGGACACCUGGCACGGCACAAGUUGACACACACUGGCAAAACGCCCUACCCUUGUCCAAUUUGUGGGAAAGGAUUCUCACAGAAGAAGCGCCUUGUCGACCACGCUCGCACGCACACGGGCGAGCGACCUUUCGGGUGUCACUACUGUCCGAAAAGUUUCACUCAUGCCGAGUACUUGAAGUCACACCUCCACACGCACCGUGAAGAGAAAUAUGUGUGCCCUGUAUGCAGAGAAAUGUUUUCGCGCAAGUACAGGCUGAGGGAGCAUAUGCGCAUUCAUUCGAGUGAAUGGCCAUUACAGUGUGCGCACUGUAAAGCGUGCUUUGUCUCGAAGGAAGAUAUUGCCGAUCAUAUACACUCUCGACACCUUUCAGAUAUAAUGGGCGACGGUUACUUUCCAGUAGAGAAGAGCCGCAUGAGUUCUGACGAACUCGAGUCACAACCUUACUGUAAGACUGAAAAUGAAGACACUAGUGGCAGACGGACAGGGACACCGACUGCUGGCUUUGCUUUGCCGUGUGAUGAGGAAAACCUGCAAGAGUCAGACUUUCAACUGGAAAUCACUGAUGAGGUGAUACAAAAACAUGAUUCCCCCGAACAUACCGGUGCUAUCUCUGACAGAGUGAGCAUCUUCAUCAAAGAAGAACGCAUCUUGGACGAGGAGGAUUUGGCAUGUUCAGAAGAUAAUAGGGUGUCUACUGCUAUGCCACCACAAAUCUUUCCUAGCAGUGCACCCAUAACAGAACCUACAUUCAUAAUUAAAGAUGAGAAAGACACACCUGUAGAAGAUGCACUGUGUUUUGGAAAUGACACAGAAUUAAACACUUCGGAGCCAUCUAUGGCAUCCGUCGUCAGCACUGAUAUAAAAUUAUGUGCCAUCACCAAAGAAAAUGUAGCCACUAGUUUGGGAAAGUAUCCCUAUAUGGGACUAAUUAACUCUGAAGGAACCAGCAAUGAAAAAGAAAUAGCCAAUAUCAAAACAGAGGCAACAGCAGAUAAUGAAUAUCACGGGUUUCAGCAGACUGAAGGGAUGCAAGAAUCUAUAGUGAGUGGCAGUGUGAAAACAAGCAACAACUCGGAUAAAGAUUUGUUCACCAAUCCAGAAUGUCUACAUCUGGAAAGUGAUACUACUUCUGUAGGCCAACUGGGAACACUGGUUUCUGAUCUCAGUGGCAAAAUAAUGACACCUGUCAGCAUCCAAGAAGAGCUGAGCUCGAGAAAAGAAUAUCUGCUGUGUAUGCAAAAUAAUGCAGUUUGCAAAACUGUGCCCAUGCCUCUUGCCCCAGAUGUUAGCAGGAAUAUACACUCAGUCACUAACUUCAGUGAGAGCAUAGCUGCAGAGGUGCAGUGCCCACUCUAUCUGGGAAAAGACACUGAACACAAAACAUUACCACCACCUAGCAGUUCCUGUGCCAGGGAACAGUUGAUGAGCAACACAGAAGGUCCAUUGCGUUUGAAAAGUAGUACAGAGUCAGAGAACUUGGCUCUAAAUAUUUUUCAAGAAACCAGCAGUGGUACCAAGUGGAGCACAACAAUACAAAAUCCGAUCUCUAGCUCUGAGGUUCCACUAUGCUCAAGCCACGAUGUCGGGAGUAAAGGUUUGGCAGUGUCUGCUGUUUCUAGUGUCCACAGUGAUAUGGGACUGAGAGUUGACACUGAAGGAUAUUUAGUGCCAAAUUCAAGACAUUCUUCCUAUUUUGUAAACAGUUCAAUGUGCAGAACUGUACCGGCACAUCUUACCUCUAAUUGUAGCCAAAAAAUGAAAAAGAGUGACAUAAUUAAAGAAGACAGACUUACAACUUCAGAUCAUCCACUCUGCUUGGAAAGGGAUGCAGCAUCUGAUGAUUUGCCACCUUCUUGUUUCCCAAAUUUUGUGAACAAAACAAAGGCAAGUAUCAGAAUUAGGAAAGACCUCGUGCCCAAUUUGGAGCCUCCAUUGUGUUUGAAAAGCGAUGUAAGGUGUCAAAGAUUGCAGGACACUUUUGUCUCCGAUGCCAGGAAAAUAACAGAGAGCUUUCCUCUGCCUUUGGCCACUACCCUAACUGUGUCAGCACCAGGUGAUAAAGAAACCUGUAAUAUAUCUGACACACUGGUUUCGUACCAGCAGAUGUUAUAUGAUAAACUUAUGUCAUCACCAUCAGUAUUCCAGGAAUAAUAAAUUCGUAGCUGCUGUUGCAUACCUAGAAAACAGUAAAGCUGGGAAUAACAGGAAGCCAGCCAAUACUGCUAACUACAGUAUUAAAAAAUUGUUAAAAACUAAAUCCAGGCCUCGGAGACAACGUGAUUGUCGACUGACUGUCAUGUCACCCUCAGCUAGUCAUCAUCAGAUGCAGUAUGGAGGGGCAUGGGGUCAACACUCCACACUCAUGGCCUUUGUCAAUGUUUAGAUCUCAGUGCCGCUACCUCACCAUCAGGUAGUACCAGAAAUCGAACCCGGGUCCCCCGCGUGGGGGCAUAUCACACUGACCUCUCAGCUGCAGCGGUGGACCAACUACAGAUCUGGUCGAUCCGAAAAGAAUUGAGCUGUGCAAUUAUUGAACUCUGUGAGCUGUGGUGAGAAACUGAACCAGACAGAACACAAGUACAUCAACACUAUCAAUUCUGGAGACGAUGUUAUGCAUUUUUCAUAUGUUGGGAUACUUAUUGAGAAUAAACUAGCAGUAAGAAAUUGGUGACCUGUGUUGGUGGCAUUCCUUAUAAAUGGCAACAACGUUGUAUACUCAUAUAGUUUCUCUACUGUUAAGGAGCUACGUCCAGGAUAGUUCAAAUGUCAUCAGCACAAGUUCCAAAGCAGUGAAUAAUGUAUGUUUGCACUGAACUGGUGCCUUAGAAAGAUACAAAGUUACUUAUUAAUGGUAUAUUUAGUGUCAGCACCAUCUGCAUGGGAGUGCAGCUACGUAUCAAACAUUAGAAAGAUUGUUAUGAAUUGAUGUUUAGGUGCCUUUCAUGUUGUUUUAUCGGAAAGUGAUUCUUCAUCAGGACAUGUCUCACAGUAAUGACUGCUGCAUAGUAUUAAGAAUUUUUUGUGCUAUUUACAUUUUAGAGUAACUUUUUGAUUGAAUCUUAUUUAAUAAGGACAUGUACAAGAAAAAAUGGUAUCAGUUGAAGGUCAGAAUUGUUUUAAUGUUAUUUAAUGUGAAUGCAUGUUUUGUUAAGAUAUAUUUGGCAAACCAAAUGAGUAUACUGAAAUUCAGAGUAUGUUCCAUUUUUAGUAAUUUUUGGUUUUAUCAAUUUUAUGAAACUAAUUAAUUUUAUAUAUAAAUUUGUACAAACUGCUAAAAUAUUUUAUUAAUCUGUGUAGGUUCUUUAGUGUUAGUAUACACACAUUAUGUUUCACAUUGUGCAAGUAAGAUACCUGUCGUCAUUGUGAAGAGAAUGAACAUUGAUUACUUUCCAUGAAAUUGAGUUUUACUGUUAAGAGAUUCCUGUGUAGAUGGACUGUUCUACUGGAAGAAGAAUGAAAAUACAUGAGAGAGAGAGAACAUAAUAUCCGGAAGAGUAAUAAACAAAUUAGCAGUGGGCACAUAGCUGAGUGGGAAACACCAGUUGAAAAAGGAGAGCACAGAAUGUGGAUGUAAUUAUUUUCAGUAUAUUAUGUUAUGCAAUAGCUGUUAUCAGUAUCUUUGAUUUGUACUGUAAGCUGGUAACAUUUGGGACUGUAUUUCUACAUCUGUACAAUCACAAUAAUGUUUGUGUUGCUGUUUCAUGUUUGUGUGUCAUUUGAUGAUGAAAAUGUAUAUUUAUAAUGAGCCUCGUGGUUAUUUUCUCUUGAACUUUUUCUAAAUAAAGUUCAAAACAGACAACUGGCUACAUUCAGCAAAUGGAAUUGUAAUAUAAUCCACUGAUCCACCUAAAGGGUGUAUGCCCUUGAAACACAUCACAGAAGAAAAUAAAAGUGACUGACAUAUAA